AAUUCUACUUUUAAUACAAUGGCUUUGACUGCUGGAAUUAUAAUAAUUAACGCUGUCUUAUUCGGAACAGUUUACUCAAACAAAUGCAAUUCAUUUGAAAUAAGCAAGGACAAUCUUAAUAAAGCUUUGAUCGGUCAUUCCGUGUUAGAAGUUAAUGAUAAAAACCAUCACGAUUGUGCGCGAACCUGUAUGUCAAUGUCCGUCUGUAAAUCGUUCGACUUUGACAGAAACGAGCACGUGUGUAAAUUAAACGAUGUUGACCAGUCGUCCGUUGAUCCGUCGGAGUUUGAAACAAAGCGAGGCUCUAUAUUCUCUGAUAUCAGCGAAUGGCCUAGCAGAAUGGUUGGAAGUUGUGGCUCAAAGCCGUGUAAAGCGAACCAAAGAUGUUACCAAAAUGUUGCUUCACAUGUGUGCAAAGACAUAACCUGUGCUUUUGAUCAGAAAAUUGGAAAUGGUGAAAUACAGACUAUAACUCCUGACGAAAACAAGUUUCUCGACGUAGCUCAAGUAAAAUGUGACGAAGGAUAUGUUCCUAGUCAACAAGAGGUGAAAUGUGAGGCUUCGGGACAAUGGCAGUCUGCAACGUGCACGAAAGAAAAAUUACCAAGUGAUUGUAAAGAAGUCCUUGAUAAGGCUCCUGGGGCGAAAAGUGGACAAUAUGAGAUAAAACUAUGGAAAUCUGGGAAGAUUCUGACCGUGAAUUGUGACAUGGAAACCGACGGCGGAGGUUGGACGCUAUUUCAUAGGCGAAUAGACGGGUCAUUGGACUUUUAUCGCAACUUUACAGAGUAUGAGAAUGGCUUUGGGAACGUUGAUGGAGAGUUUUGGCUAGGUACAUCUAAUAGCUUUGAGUAUAAUAAUCAACAGUCAUUUUCAACUUACGACCGUGAUCUUGACGGCAGUAUAAAUAAUAACUGCGCCGCGGACAGACAUGGAGCCUGGUGGUAUUAUAGCUGUACUCGUGUCAAUCUAAAUGGAUACUAUGCGACGCCAGGCACGGAAUGUGAAUUCCCCGGUGCCGAUAUUGGUGUCUGUGGACACUGUCAUUAUGGGUUUGAUGAACGUUUGUCAUUGAGAACGUCAUCAAUGAUGAUAAAAAGAAAAUAA